CUCCACUCUGAAUUCUGCACCAUCGGAAUCAUAUAUAGACAGAAAGAGCGAUAGAGGGAUGACUUUGGCUGUGAAGGAAGUGACCAUGGAGUGUGCCGGAAAAGGGAGGGGAGCUCGGUGUUUAGGCCCACCCAGAAGGCGCUGUGACCGGUGCGGAGCCGUUGCCUAUUGUUCCGCCUCUCACCAGAUUUUGCACUGGAAUGAUCAUAAAGAAGAGUGCAAAAGAUUAGAACAACAAAUGAAAUGCGUAGAUGUCUUGAAUGACUUUCCUUUCACAUUUUCUCAAGAAGCUACACUUCAGGUCCUUGAAAAGGAGAGUCGAUGUUUAUUCUUGAGCAAAAGGGGCGUCCAUAAAGAGGGAAUGUGGUUGUAUGAAUGCUGUUGUGGGGAGUCAGUUACUUCCUCUGAUCGUUCCAGCAGGUCAAAUGAUGUUUGGCAUCUUCCGAGAAUCUUGUGCCCAUGUAAUGAGCCUGAAUAUCCAAUAUCAAAGCAGUUAAGUAGUUGGAAAGACUACUAUGAGUGGAGGUGCAUUCCACUUCAUUCCCUUGCUGCUUUGCUUCUUCAUUGGCCACUUACGAUAUAUCAUGCCACUCAAGCUAUUCUGGGAAGCUCGACUCCUGAAAUAAGGGACAAACUUUAUAUACACUAUCUUGGGCCUGAGAAAGAGCUUUUGCAGCUCGCUGUCUUUGCUGAGUUGCAUGCACUUUUUCCUGGCGUGCAUGUACAUAUAGAGCUUGUUGGACCUGAAAUUCCACAAAAUAGGGAUGGUGAGAGGAUUAAUCUUUGCAAUUAUGCUCAUUGCCUUGAGACAGAUUGCAUUUGCAAAUCUUUAAGUGAGAAUUUGAGCUGGGAUGUACAGACUCGUAGAACGUCAAAAGUGACAUUGCAGCUUCGAAGAGGUUUUUAUCAUGACCGUUAUAAGGAUAUAGCAAAGGAUUUCUCUCCUCAUUUGGUGAUUGCUCCAAAUGCUGGCAUUGCUGCUUAUUCAAGUUGGUUGCCAACAAUUGAGCUAAUAAAGGAGAUAAAUGUCCCAGCAGUCUUCUCCGAUUACUGUGAAGAAGCUUGUCAUCUUGGAGCUUGUUGCAUAAGCACUGUAACUGGGCAUCCUCCCACAUUUCCUAUUCAAUUAAACCCAUUCAGGCAGCCAAUGGUGGUUGAAAACAGUGCUCUAUUUCUUCCUUGCUAUAGUAAUUGCUUCCUUUUCGGGAUUUGAAAUGGUCUUAAACGUCAGUUUGAGGACUGGUCAUUUGACUUCUUCAGAUGGAUUUCCGGAACUCUUGAAUCAAACCAUCACUCCAUUGGGUUAUCAAUGCAUAUAAAGACAUGUUCACUGAUGUUGCAGUCUGGAGGUUUUAUGAAGGGCUGUUGCAAGUGAUCACCAUGUGCCUGCCUUACUCUGGUGAUCAAGAUCAAGAUCAAGAGUCUUGAUGCAACCUUAUCUAUCCAAUCCAAAAAAGAAAAAAGAAAAGAAAAGAAGACAGAUAUCAAAGGAAGUUUCUCAACAUUGGGCAUGAUUGAUAUGCGACCAAUGGUUCUUUGGCUCUUACCUGUUGCAGCGACUUUUGGACAAAUCAAAGCUGUUAAAUCUGUUUCUCCUUUUCUCCCUUUUAUGCUACACAAAGGGCCUUUUUCCCACCAUACUUGACCUUUCAAACUUAAACCUGUUUUAUGUAAUACUUUUUUGGAUGAGUACCUUUCUUAUGUAAUACUAAUUUAAGCUGUCCAAAUUCUAAAAGAACAAUUGAAUUUGGUUGAAGGUGACGACGUUUGGGAUUUUUCUUUGUA